CAACAUUUACCUUGAAAAAUAAGGAAAACACUGUUGUUACUCCCUGUUGCCUGUUGCUGAAGGAACUGAAUACUAAGGCAUUUCCGUUCUUUUAAGCUCAAAUUGAAAAUUCGUAUCAUGUUUCAAAUCAUCAUGCCUUCACGUCAUGCCUUCCCUGGUCAAAAGCAUCGUACUGGCAAAGGUCAUUUUUACAAUUUUACCUAGCUUUAUUCCCACCUGGACUUCACUCCUACAUCUUUUAGUGAAAACUGCAUUACUUUGAAGUUGAAGGUUGCAUUCAGGCAGGCAGAGCGCCCUUACUCCCACCCUGAGUUGGAACAGAUAAUAGAUUCUACAGAGCAGGUGUCCAGCUGGCCAAGGUCAUCACAUAAUGAGUCAGUGUAAAUAUCCAAAUUGCAGUAGUGGACAAUCCCAGCAAAUGACAGGUUCAGUUGAUGAGUGUCCUUUUGUCUAGCUGUCACAGUGGUCUGAGAACAUAGAACAAAUCAGAUGGAAAAGGCUGUGCCUGCCUUGGAAGGUUAUGCCUUUGCUAAUCCUACAGCACCUAGCAGGCUGCCAUUACUUGGUGCAAAUGUCUUGCACUGGUGUAUUUGGAUGAUUUUGUUUUUCAGAAGCUAUUUGUUGAGGAAAAAAAAAGAAAGUGGAAGGAUGAAGUCAGUUUUCUCUUGACGUUUCCGAGGAUGAAUACUUGUGAAGGACAAGCAGGCGAUCUCUCCUUAGAAACACUCAGUCCAAAGAGUCUAGAAAGUCCUUCAGAGUUGCAAAUAGAUCAUAUCACAACUUCAAGGAAAAUAAGAAAAUCAGAAGACCCUGCCACUGAGUAAGAAGGACUUUGAAGAUGUGAUUAAGAAUUUUGAGAUGGUAAUACAGGAUUACCUGGAUGGGCCUGAUAUGAUAACAAAGAUCCAUAAAAGAGUCAUAGAAGAAGAUGGAAGCAGAAGUCAGAAUGAUAUGGUCAGGAGCCAAGGAAUGCAGGUCAUGGCCGAACUCAUUGAAGCACUCAGCCGCGCCCCCGCGCUGCGCCCUUGCCGGCGGAGGAGUAGGAGGAGGAGGAGGCGCCUGCGUGCGCGCUCAGCAUAAAUAAGUCCCAGGAGGCGGCCACUGGGCAGAACGGGCUGCGGACGCCACGGGCCAUGGCUGGCGAGGACCACCAGUGGCAGGGCAGCAUCCUCUAUAAUAUGCUUAUGAGCGCAAAGCAACCGCUCGCUGCUCCCGAGGCUCCUGAGGCGCCAGGUGCGCGGCUGGGAGUUCCGUGUUGGGGCUGCUCUUGCGGUGCUGAGCCCCCGGUGGGCAGAGAGGGACUGGUAGGAGGGCGAGCUGUGACGCUUCUAUACCGCUGCUGCUUUUGCGGUGAAGACCACCCACGGCAGGGCAGCAUCCUCUACAACAUGCUCACGAAUGCGAAGCUAAUGCACGCGGCUCCUGAGGCGCCCAAGGCACGGCUCCGGGCUCCGUGCUGGGGCUGCUCAUGCGGUGCUGAGCCCCGGGUGGGUGAAGAGGGGCCGUCGGGCGGGCGGGCUGUGGCGCUUCUGUACCGCUGUUGCUUUUGUGGCGAAGACCACCCUAGGCAGGGGAGCAUCUUAUACAGCUUGCUCACGAGUGCAAAGCAAACGCAAGUGGCUCCGGAAGCGUCCGAGGCACAGCCUGGAGGCUCCUGGUGGGAGCUCUCCUACUACGCACAGAGGCUCAGGGGUAGAGAGAGGCUGCCGAGCGGGCCGACCGUGGCGCUCCUGCACCGCAGCUACUUUUGCGGUGAAGACCACCCGCAGUGGGGCGGCAUCCCCUACGGCACGACCGGGAGUGCAAACCAAACACACGCGGUUCCAGAUGAACAGCUGGAGGCCCCCUGGUGGGCCACUUGGUGUGGCGCACAGCGGUCGGUAGCCCUCAAAAGCCCACAGGUGGUCUGUGAGGCAGCCUCGGCAGGCUUGUUGAAGACGUUGCGUUUCGUCAAGUAUUUGCCUUGCUUCCAAGUGCUGCCUCUGGAUCAGCAGCUGGUGCUGGUGCGCAGCUGUUGGGCGCCCCUGCUCCUGCUGGAGCUCGCCCAGGACCGCUUGCACUUGGAGACGGUGGAGACCUCAGAGCCAAGCAUGCUGCAAAGGAUCCUCACCACCAGGCGGCGGGAGACCAAGGGCCACCAGCCACAGCUCCGCUCUACCUUGCAGCCGGAAUUGGCAUCGCCGCCAGGGCCUGGGCAGUUUCCCUCGGCCGCCGCGGUUGAAGCCAUCAAGAGCUUCCUUGCCAAGUGUUGGAGUCUGGAAAUCAGUACCAAGGAGUACGCCUACCUCAAGGGGACCGUGCUCUUUAACCCGGACCUGCCAGGCCUGCAGUGUGUGAAGUACAUUCAGGGACUUCAGUGGGGAACGCAGCAGAUCCUCAAUGAACACAUUAGGAUGACGCACAGAGGUUACCAGACCAGAUUUGCCGAACUGAACAGUGCCCUCUUCCUGCUGAGAUUCAUCAAUGCCAAUGUCAUUGCUGAAUUGUUCUUCAGGCCCAUCAUUGGCACAGUCAGUAUGGAUGAUAUGAUGCUGGAAAUGCUCUGUGCGAACUUAUGAAGGCAUGUGGGCUACUCAAGUGCAGUUUACCAUAGAGGAAAGAUAAAACGAUGUUGGCAGAAGAGUAUCAAAUGUAAAAAUAAACUUUCUUGUUAUUUUCACAUGCAGAGUGU